ACUGCAGGUUGGUCCAUGGGCUUGGCUGUUUCAGUCGAAGCAGAAAGCCUAUCUAGCUCAUCUCACUCGCGACUUCGUGCCGGGCUUCUCAGACGGACCAGGCCGAGAAUUCCCGGGCCACGCGCCCUUCGUCUCCCCCGCCUCCGGCCGUGCAAGGCGGCGUCCUACUCCGGCCAGAAGCUCUACGACCGGGAGAUCCCGGCGCGGGGCGGGACGAUGGCGGCGGCGCAGCUGCUGGGCGAGGACGGGCGCGGCUACGAGCUGGCCCGGCGCCUGGAGGCGUGCGGCGCGUGGCGCGCGUGGCUCGGCGACGGCGCGCACGCCUCCCUCGCGCAGCACCUCGCGUCCCCUUCCACCUGGGACGCCUUCCUCUCCCCCGCAUCGUCCUCCACCUCCUCCAACUCGGCCGCGCCCCCGCGCCAGCUCCUCCUGCUCCAGCUCCGCGUCCGCGCGCUCCUCUUCGACAAGGCCUCCGCCGCUCUCAUCCCCCGCAACGGCGCUUCCCCAGCCGGCCCGCACUCAGUCAACGCCAGCUAUCUUCAACUUCAUGGAGAUGAUAUUUAUUUCUCAUUGGAAGAUGAGCAGGAAGAUACCGCUCAACAUCAAAUGCAAUCUGGAACUGCAUUUAGUCCAAGCAGGGAGAGUGUGAUGUUGUCUCAAAGGAAUAUGCGACAAGACGAGUUACCUGGAUCUUGGUACAAGCAAUAUGCUGAAAAGUUCAGGACACGACAUGGCAAGUAUCGCUCAGAUGACAAAGAAAUACCAAAGAGAACACCAGAGGGGAUGUCUAACUACCUUAAGGCUUGUAGUGUACAUAAAAGGAAGAGGAUUGUAUUUAUGGAUGAUCGCAGUCCGAACAUGAUGUUGGAAAAUGGCCCUUCCCUACAAUCAAAAGUUGCUGGGGAGUUCAGUAAUUUAGCAGAUGACACUUUCAUUCCAGAAAUUAGAUUUCCAUCCGACUGUGUUCCAGAAAGUGCAGUUCCUAGAGAGAGUGGCAUAUCUAGGAGCAACAAAAUAGAAGUUAACGGGGUUCUUGAUAAUUUACCAGCACCUGUUAGUCGCAACACCGCAAUGCUCGAAAGGUUUGGCAUGAUGCCUGAGUACUAUAAGACAGGAAACAAAUACAGAGGAAAAAUUGGAUCCAAAGUAGAAGGAAAAACGUUAAGUCAAGAGCAAGCAUUGCUUAUCACAAGGAAACUGGUCGCUCGCUACUUAGCAAAUGCAGGAUUCGAAAGUGGAACCGCAGUGGCUGUUGAUGUUCUCUCAGAAAUAAUAAUUAAGCACAUCUCUAAGCUAGGGCGUAACUUGAAGCUUCUAUCUGACAGCUACAGGAAACAAUUUUCAUCUAUCGAGCUCCUUAGGAUGUUUCUGCAGACUGUUGGCUACAGUAAUAUUGGACCCUUGAUGGAGAUUACAAAGAUGGGUAAUAGAGUGGUUAACCACCAGAUUCAUCAAGACGCACAAGUACAAAAUCAAAAUAAUCUUCUUCAUGCCCAACAGCUCCCAAGGCAGUUUGCUCCCCAAAUGAGUAUUCAGACCCAGAAUCUGACACCACAGCAGCAACAGCUGCUGCAGCAGCAACAGUGGCUGAGGCGCAACCAAAUGACCAGCCCCCGUGGUGCUCUUACACUGGCGGAAAAAAACCAGGCUAUGGUAAAUGUGAAGCUUGAGAACACUAUGGAUUCACAAAUUGAUGGCUCUUAUGGAUCUCUCACUAGACAACCACAACAGAUGCAGCAGCUAAGGCAGCAGCAGCUAUUGCAGCAGCAGCAGCAACAACAGCUUCAUCAGCAGCAGCAACAACAGCUUCAUCAGCAUCAUCAUCAGCAGCAGCAGCAACAUCUCCAGCAGCAGCAACAACAACAGCAGCAACAGCUUCAGCAGCAGCAGCAGCAACAACUUCAACAGCAUCAUCAGCAGCAGCAGCAACAACUUCAGCAGCAGCAGCAGCAACAACAGCAGCAGCUUCAGCAGCAGCUGGCCAUGUCAGGAAACCAGAACACCCAACUAGCGCAGCAGUUCAAACAAGCACCUCAAUCAAUGGGCUCGUAUGGCAUGCGGAUGCCGCCUGUGAAAGUGGAAGCGUUCCACGAACUAGUCAGCGGAGAUUCAUCCAGCGACACCAGCAAACUGACGUCGCCCAAGUAGAUCGGUCUUAUACCAAGGGAAAAUUGUAACACUGUAGCUGUAAUGUACAGAACGAGCUUUAUAUCUACGACUACGACCAGCUGAUGUUCUUUUUGAAACUUCAAAGACUACUCAUCUUUUUAUCAGCCUCUGUAAUGUAGAAAUGUAUAACGUUACUGAUUAAACUGGUGCAUGUAAAUUAAUGCUGUAAUUCAUUAUUAGCUCCGAUGUGAUGCUUUACUGGAAGCUACUGUUGGCUAGUUGGCUAUU